CAAAGGCCUCCUACCCAGAGAAAUGGCUGCAGAAAAUGACUCCACAGUGACAGAGUUCCUUCUUCGGGGAUUAACAACCCAGCCAGGGCUCCAGCUCCCCCUCUUCAUCCUCUUCCUGGGGAUCUACGUGGUCACCAUGGUGGGGAACCUGGGCAUGAUCACCCUCAUUUGUCUCAACCCUCAGCUUCACACCCCCAUGUACUUCUUCAUCAGCAACUUGUCACUCGUGGAUCUCUGCUACUCCUCUGUCAUUACCCCUAAAAUGCUGGUCAACUUUGUGUUCCAGAAGAACAUCAUCUCCUAUGUGGGGUGCAUGUCUCAGCUCUACUUCUUCCUGGUUUUUGUCAUUGCUGAGUGUUACAUGCUCACGGUGAUGGCCUAUGACCGCUAUGUAGCCAUCUGCCACCCUUUGCUUUACAAUGUCAUCAUGUCCCAUGCCCUCUGCUCUGUGCUGGUGGCUCUGGUCUAUACUAUGGGACUCAUUGGUUCAACAAUAGAGACUGGCCUCAUGUUAAAACUGCGCUAUUGUGAGCCCCUCAUCAGUCACUACUUCUGUGACAUCCUCCCCCUGAUGAAGCUCUCCUGCUCCAGCACCUAUGAUGUAGAGAUGGCAGUCUUUUUCCUAGCUGGAUUCAAUAUCAUAGUCACAAGCUUAACAGUCCUUAUUUCCUAUGCCUUCAUCCUGUCCAGCAUCCUCCACAUCAGCUCCACAGAAGGUAGGUCCAAAGCCUUCAGCACCUGCAGCUCCCACCUUGCAGCCGUGGGGCUGUUCUAUGGAUCCACUGCAUUCAUGUACUUAAAGCCCUCCACUGCCACUUCCCUGGCCCAGGAGAACGUGGCCUCUGUGUUCUACACCACAGUGAUCCCCAUGCUCAACCCUCUGAUCUACAGCCUGAGGAACAAGGAGGUAAAGGCUGCCCUGCAGAAGACACUGAGGAGGAAACUCUUUUGA